GACGACCGCCAGAGCCCAGCUAGCAUCGGCGGCUAAUGCUAGGGGCUAACGCUAGCGGCUAGCUAGUGGCGCUAUGAUGGCGGAGCUGGUGCAGGGACAGGCCUCGAUCAGCCAGCCGGGGCUCAAGUCAGACGGCCUGGCCGACGUCUUACAGAGGGCCCGGCAGAUGGUGGGCAAGAUGGGCGGCGAGGGCGUGACGCACAUCAACAGCUCGGCGGGAAGCGGCGAGGCGUCCUCGCUCUACUUUGCCGGACAGAAGCGAGCCGGGGAGGACGCGGGUAAUCAGCUGGCAGCUGUGGGCCACCAACGGGUGAUGACAGAAGAUUACAAAGUUCCUGACAGGAUGGUGGGCUUCAUUAUUGGCCGAGGCGGAGAACAAAUCACCAGGAUCCAGUUAGAAUCAGGAUGUAAGAUCCAGAUCGCGGCUGACAGUGGCGGUCUGAUGGAGCGUCCGUGUUCCCUGACUGGGACCCCAGAGAGCAUCGAACAGGCAAAGCGGCUGCUGGUCCAGAUUGUGGAGCGGUGUAGGAACGGUCCAGGUUUCCACGGUGACGGUGAGGGCGGGGCCUUGGUGCAGGAAAUGCUGAUCCCGGCCAGCAAGGUGGGCCUGGUGAUUGGUCGAGGAGGAGAGACCAUCAAACAGCUGCAGGAGCGUGCAGGAGUCAAGAUGAUGAUGAUCCAAGAUGGCCCCAUGCCAACGGGAGCCGACAAGCCACUGCGCAUCUCCGGGGACCCGUACAAAGUUCAGGCGGCCAAGGAGAUGGUGUUGGAGGUCAUCCGGGAUAAGGACGCAGACUUCCGGUCAGGACGCAGCGACUUCUCCGCCCGGCUGGGAGGAACCAACUUGGAUGUUCCCGUUCCCAGGUUUGCGGUCGGCAUUGUCAUUGGUCGCAACGGGGAAAUGAUCAAGAAGAUCCAGAAUGACGCCGGAGUUCGGAUCCAGUUUAAAGCAGAUGAUGGCAUCAGUCCGGAGCGUGUUGCCAUGGUGAUGGGUCAGCCAGAGCGUUGUCAACAUGCAGUACACCUCAUCAACGAGCUCAUCCACACCGCACAGGAGCGUGAUGGAUUUGGCUCCGCGCUGAGGAGUAGCAGGGUCAGAGGUCGUGGGGAUUGGGCGGUGGGAUCCCCCGGCCCGCUGCAGGAAGUGACCUACACCAUUCCCGCCGACAAGUGCGGCCUGGUCAUCGGCAAAGGUGGAGAAACCAUCAAAAGCAUCAACCAGCAGUCUGGCGCCCACGUGGAACUGCAGAGGAACCCGCCCCCUUCCACCGACCCCAACACACGUGUCUUCACCAUCAGAGGCUCCGCCCAGCAGAUGGAGCAUGCUCGCCAGCUCAUCGACGACAAGAUCGGGGGUUCCGGCAUCAUGAGUAACGGAGGUUUCGGCUUCAGUCCCUUCACUCAGGGCCCCGCCCACCAGAACUGCGGGGGCACUCAGACCUUCCUCACGGGGGUCUGGGGCAACACGUACCAGACUGGCUGGCAGAACCCAGGACAGCAAGACCCCGGGCAGCAGAGCCAACCUGGGAACGUAAUGAGCGACUACAGUAAAGCAUGGGAGGACUACUACAAGAAACAAACUCAGUCAUCCCAGCAGAGCUCGCUGCCUGACUACACAGCAGCGCUAGCAGAGUACUACCGACAACAGCCGUACCUGUGGAACCCCGCCCAGAUUCAGGAUCACUAGAGGCCCCGCCCACCCGGCGAAGUCGUCAAGGCAAUCUGCCACUGUCCCAGCGAUGCUCUGCCUCCUUCCUUUUGUAGAGCAAGAUUAAGAGAAAACAGGAAGUGGUCCUCUAAAGUCAACAGCGUGUCCCACUUCCUGUUUAGCUUUUUUUUUCAUUUAGCUUUUUUUUUAUCCAACCUGAGAGUGGACACGUUUGAACAAACCUCCUUUGACAUCACGCUAGCAGUCUUGAUGAACUCAUUAGCGCUUCUCUUUUCUUUCACGCAUGUCUGCUGUUUUAUUUGGGCCGUUUGGAUAUUUUAAUGUUUUACCUUGACAGACAAAGACGUCUUUUUCUACUCAAUGUCCUCAUUUUACUUGUUGACACGCCAUCUUGGACGCCUCCUUUGUUGCUCCCUCUCUGUGGUCCCACACACCGUAGCACAUUAGCAUAGCAUCCCGCUACCCGUCUUGGUUCCAGUGAAGGACGUCUACCUUCAUGCCGGAAGCGUGACCAAGGUGUCGGGUUUUAGCUUCAGUGUCCAUCGCUCAUCCUCGCUCGUUAGCAGAAAAGGCUGGGACGCCAUCUUGGAAGAACAUUCCUGACCUUUCCCACGUUCAGUUAGCAUUACUGCAAGUUAGCUAACAUCUCCAAAGGUUCUUUUUUAGCUUUAUUCAUCAUGUUUUGUUGCUAGCUUGAUAGCGUGUGAUGUGAUGUGUGUUGGACCACAGAGAAAGUAUGCGUGACCAUGAUGAUGAUGAUGAUGAUGAUGAAGUUUGGGUUGAGGGGUCUAUUUAAAUGUUGGACUAUUUCUUUGUUCAUGAGCUAAUAUGCUAACGCUAAACGUACAUGUUGACUUCCUGAAGCUCCUGGUUCUCAAGACUGCUAUGCUAAUGCUAACGCUAGCACCUCCUGGCCUGGAGACCACGGAUCAGAGUGGGCAGGGACCCUGCCUUCCUGGUAUUCAGGCCACGCCCCCCGUCCACACUCUGUUCUUCCGAUGUCCGCCACCUUUUGUUUUUGUGAGCGGUCCAGAUGUAACCUGCAGAUGUUUCUAUUGACUGAUGAUGAUGAUGAUGAUGAUGAGGGCUAAUAAAGAGCCGCCUUCUUUCUGA